UUUUUUGGAUUUGUAAAAACGCCGCAACCUCUAGCAAGUACUCCUACUUCUCAUUUGAGAAAUACCGAUAUUCUAAUAAUAAAUAAUGGUCAUUAAUAAAUAACCCUUGACUGUUAAUGUUUGAUGGAAGGUAUGAUUCAGUGUUCGAAAGUUCUGUGCUUCUGUCGGAAGAAAAAUGAAGACAAGGCAGAGGACAACAAGGAGGCGAUGUGGCUGACGGCCAGCGAGGCCAGUAGCCUGAGGUAUGAAGAAGUGUCAGACAGACUACGAGUGGAUAUAAGGAAAGGACUAAGUUGGCAAGAAGCGACAGACAGACGAAAAAUAGCAGGAUAUAAUGAGUUUUCUGUAAAAAAUGGCGACCCACCAUGGAAGAAGUACUUAGAACAAUUCAAAAAUCCAUUAAUUUUAUUACUUUUAGCUUCUGCUGUAGUUUCAGCUUGUAUGACUCAGUUCGACGAUGCCAUCAGUAUUACCGUAGCUAUAGUUAUAGUUGUCACUGUAGCAUUUGUGCAGGAAUAUCGAUCUGAACAGUCGUUGCAAGAGUUAACGAAACUCGUUCCACCAUCAUGUCAUUGUCUGAGAGAAGGAACGGCAGAUAGUUUCCUCGCACGAGAGUUAGUUCCCGGCGAUGUGGUUCUCUUAAAUGUGGGCGAUAGAGUACCGGCAGAUAUACGUUUAUUCGAGACGAAUGAUCUCACCAUUGAUGAAAGUUCAUUUACGGGUGAAACCGAACCGGCGAAGAAAAACAUUGACUCCGUCAUAAGACCCAACGGAGCACAUUCCUCAAACACUAAUAUAGCAUUUAUGGGUACACUGGUACGGUGUGGGAAUGGUAAGGGUAUAGUCGUAAGCACAGGAACAAACAGUGAAUUUGGUUCGGUUUUCAAAAUGAUGUUAGAGGAAGAAGCGCCGAAAACGCCAUUACAGAAAUCAAUGGAUAGUCUUGGAACCCAGCUUUCUAUUUACUCAUUUGGGAUAAUAGGGCUGAUUAUGCUGGUCGGUUGGAUUCAAGGAAGGCCUAUAAUGGAAAUGUUCACUAUAAGUGUCAGUUUGGCUGUUGCUGCUAUCCCUGAAGGUUUGCCGAUCGUCGUCACAGUAACUUUAGCAUUGGGGGUAAUGCGAAUGGCAAAAAGAAACGCCAUAGUAAAAAAGCUGCCUACCGUCGAAACUCUUGGUUGUGUUAAUGUGAUAUGCUCCGAUAAGACAGGAACGAUAACGAGAAACGAAAUGACCGCCACGGUACUUGUCACCUCAGACGGAUACAUAGCAGAGCUAACCGGCGCAGGAUACAAUGACCACGGCCAGGUUCUGUUACACAAAUGCGACUUUCCUGACAAAGCAAGAGAAAGCGUUCACCAGUUAUUGGAGGUUGGAGCGGUUUGUAAUAACGCUUCUAUAAUAAACGAACUUUUGUUAGGUCAACCGACUGAGGGCGCGUUGUUAGCCGCCGCCAUGAAACACGGAAUGUAUAACGUUGGUGAUCGUUACGUGCGGCUGCAGGAGUACCCCUUCAGUUCCGAACAGAAAAUGAUGGCAGUUAAGUGUUCCUCGAAAUAUGACCGCGACAAGGGAGAAGUUUACUUCGUAAAAGGCGCGAUAGAGAAAAUCUUACCUAAAUGUACUUCUUAUAGUUGGAACGGUAACGUUACGCCUUUGACUGCAGCUAAGCAGCAAGAAUUUAUGGCGGAAGCGCACGAAAUCGCUAAAAAAGGACUCAGGGUUAUGUCGAUGGCGAAAGGUACCACCUUACAGGAUCUGGUCUACGUGGGAAUUGUAGGUAUAUGCGACCCACCUAGGCCGCAGGUUAGGGAAGCUAUUACUAUAUUGAAGGAAUCGGGAGUGCAGGUUAAAAUGGUUACGGGUGAUUCCGUGGACACAGCAGUUGCUAUAGCCCAACUAAUAGGACUUGAAGUAUUGCCUUCACAAGUAAUGUCGGGAGAGCAAUUGGACACGUUCACAGAAACCGAACUCGAUGAAGCCAUUCCUCGAGUCACCGUUUUCUACAGGGUUUCUCCGAAAAAUAAAUUGUCCAUUGUGAAAUCUCUUCAAAGAACAGGCCAUAUUGUUGGCAUGACCGGUGAUGGCGUUAACGACGGAGUUGCAUUAAAAAAAGCGGACAUUGGUAUCGCUAUGGGCAAAAAUGGCACUGACGUUUGUAAAGAGGCAGCUGACAUGAUUCUAGUGGAUGACGAUUUCUACACAAUUAUAGCUGCUAUAGAAGAAGGUAAAAGUAUAUUUUACAACAUCAGGAACUUCGUCAGGUUUCAAUUGUCCACAUCAAUAGCCGCACUGUCUCUGAUAGCACUAUCGACGUUCUUGGACAUGCCAAAUCCACUCAACGCUAUGCAAAUUUUAUGGAUUAAUAUUAUAAUGGAUGGACCGCCUGCACAAAGUUUAGGUGUGGAACCUGUAGAGGAGGAUGUCCUCAAACAAAACCCAAGAGAUACUAAGGAACCCAUGAUUACCAAGAAACUUAUCGUCAACGUGUUACUAUCUGCUCUAUUCAUAAUUGCUGGCACUCUGUGGGUUUUCCAGAAAGAGAGGAGUUCAGAAGGCCUUACAGCGAGAGAUACGACGAUGACAUUCACUUGCUUUGUGUUUUUCGAUAUGUGGAAUGCCCUUUCUUGCCGAUCACAAACAAAAAGCGUAUUUCAGAUAGGGGUGUUUACCAACAAAAUGUUUUUGAUCGCUGUCACUUUGUCGGUGGUUGGACAGAUGCUGGUGGUAUACGUUCCCCCGUUACAGCAAAUAUUUCAGACGGAAGCUCUUACAGCAUGGGAUAUGGCAUUUUUGACGGCGCUAACAUCGUCGGUAUGGAUCUUUUCUGAAUUUAAGAAACUGUUAGAAAGGUAUUUGGAAAGGAGAUGUAAGGGCAAACGAUCGCCACUAGAAUACGUAUGACAGGACAGGGGGCCAGGGGCGAAGACCCGCUGCAAUUAAUUGCUUCUUCUUUUUUGCCCCUGUAAUAGGCCCCCCCUUAGAAUGUGCAAGUAAUAUGUUUCGCGAUUUACUUUGGCCGUUCUAUUAGAAGUGAUUAAUAUACAAAUGUUAUUUAUUUUAUUUUACCAACAUAAAAUUAUAAUUUUUA